AUGGUUCGUGUUCUACCUCUCGCACUCGCCCUUACGGGAGCCAUUGGCGCCGCGGCUGCUCCUGCUGCGACCACCUCUAUUCCUGCCUUUGUGCCGGGACAGAUGGUCUACACUGGCUUUGAACCUGCUCAAGUCGUUUCUCAUCCUACACGUCAGCCUAUCAAGAACAACUACAUGGUUGUUUUGAAGGAUGGCGUGAGUGAGAGCUCUCUGAACAUGCACACGUCUUCUGUACAACAGGCGCAAGCUGCUUCUUUCUCGUCGCUGAGCAGUGAAGGCCACGCACCAGGCGUCAGACACGUCUACCACCUGGAUGGUCAAUUCUCUGGGUACGCUGGCGCGUUCUCAGACGAUGUCUUGGCUUACAUCCGCGCGCAUCCUGACGUUGCUUACGUAGAGGAGGACACGAUCGUCUCCACUCAAGAGAUGCCUCACAAUGGUGACCACGUCUGGGACGUCCCAUACGAGUCCACCAUCGAGCAGGCUUACGCCAUGGCCGGUGCUCCCGAGCUCAGCCCAAUGGCCGUCGAAAAGGGUUCUCCUUGGGGUCUCGUACGGGUCUCUCACCGUCAGGCCAUCAGCUUCCCCAUCUUUGGCCAAUAUGUCUACAACAGCCACGGAGGCGAAGGUGUCACCGCAUACAUCGUUGACACUGGUAUCAACACCAAGCACGUUGAGUUCGAAGGUCGCGCACGCUGGGGCAAGACCAUGCCUGCCAACGACAACGACGAAGAUGGCAAUGGUCACGGUACUCACUGUGCUGGUACGGUCGGCUCUCGCAAGUAUGGUGUCGCGAAGAAGGUCGAGCUCGUGGCUGUCAAGGUUCUCGGCUCCGGCGGCUCCGGCUCCAUGUCUGAUGUUACUGGUGGUGUCCUUUGGGCUGCAAACAACGCCACAGCGAUUGCAAAGGAGCACGCUGCCAACCCUGACACUGCCGCUGCUAAGAAGCACAAGGGAUUCGUUGCCAACAUGAGUCUGGGAGGUGGCAAGAGCCCAAGUUUGGACAAGGCCGUCAACGGAGCCGUUCGCAGCGGUCUCCACUUUGCUGUUGCAGCCGGAAACGAGAAUGCUGAUGCCUGCAACACCAGCCCUGCCGGCGCCGAGGACCCCGUGACUGUCGCUGCAUCCACCUUUGGCGACGAGCGCGCGUACUUUUCUAACAAGGGCGCCUGCGUCGACAUUGCUGCCCCUGGUCUCAACAUCCUCAGCACCUGGAUCGGCUCCAACACCUCCGUCAACGUGAGUGAGAGAGAGGGCCCUCGAUUUUCUUGCCCACUCUUGGCUGAUCUUCCUAUUCCCCAAACACUCUCGCAUUUAUUGGCAGACCAUCUCUGGAACCUCCAUGGCUACGCCUCACACUGUCGGUAUGCUCGCCUAUCUUUUGAGCGUGUACGGCACGCCGGAGUUCUACGAGGGGGCUAGCACCACCCUGUUCGAUGUGGAGCAAGCGUCUCCCGUUCUGCGCUUCACUGGUCUCGCACGCGUGUUCGACGCUCUGCCCCUCCCCAGUCUCAUCCUCGAAGUCGCUAGCCGUCUGUUCGGUGCCGAGAAGACGGCAGUGCAUGCUCUGGCUCCGGUCCCCGCCAUUCCAAGCGUGAUCGAGCCCUUGAAGCUGAAGGCUGCUCUUCAGAAGCUGGCCACCAAGGAUGUCCUCACCGACAUGGCCGGCACAAAGAAUGUGAGUACCCCAUCUCUCGCUGCUUUCAAAUAUACUUGCUGAGCCACCCACUCGCUUUCUCAUGCGUAGCUCCUCAUCUUCAACAACGCUACUGACGCCACCAAGGGUGCUUGA